AUGCAGCCACCCACGAAAUCGAACUCAUUGGUCUGGGAGGCCUUUCUAGCUGCGGAAAAGAAGCGAAUCGACGAGCUCAUUCACCCAACUGGAGGCAAGGAGUCCGAGGAACGUCAGAAGCAUCGACCACACGGUCCUAAAUUGCCAGUAGCGAAAUGUUCAGACUUUUUCUUUUACCAAGUUCUUGGUCGGGGUGGUUUCGGUGAAGUUCGACUGCUUCGACACAAAGUUGCUCAUACCUGGCAUGCCGCAAAGAUACUGCUGAAGUCAAUGGUCAUCAGUAGAGGGCACGUGAGCCACGUUAACAACGAAAGGGCCAUUCUUGCACUUUGCCGAAUGGACUUUAUUGUUCAGCUCAAUUAUGCUUUCCAGGAUGCGAGCAGGCUCUACCUUGUGAUGGAAUUCGUUCCUGGUGGCGACCUCUUUACUAUGCUGAGGCAUUUGCAACGCUUCGACGAGCGGCUAGCUCGUUUUUUCGGUGGUCAGGUUCUUCUGGCUCUAGAAUAUCUCCACGGCCUACAGAUUAUCCACCGAGACAUAAAACCGGAAAACAUGAUGCUAACACACAAUGGCUACCUUAAGUUGGUCGACUUCGGCUUUGCGAAAUUCGUGACGCGUAGGACCUACACGUUUUGUGGAACUCCUGAGUAUUUGGCUCCAGAAAUUCUCCUUCAUCGUGGUUACGGGCCCUCUGUGGACUGGUGGGCUUUUGGAAUCCUCUUAUUUGAGAUGGUUGUUGGGUUUUCACCGUUUGUUUGCCGGGACGUCGCCAACACCUAUGCAAAAAUUAUUGAUCAUCGACGCGACCCUCUAGAAAUUGUGGGCGUUCAUGGACGCGCACACAUGAGUGAAACGCUGCGUCACCUGAUUAGCCAACUUUUGCAGAGAGAAGUAUCGAAGAGGUACGGUUCACUGGCUCGGGAGGGACCACGGGAAAUACGAAACCAUGCGUGGUUCAGUGAAGUGGAUUGGAAUGACCUGUUUGAGCAAAAGACGACCCCACCCUACGAAUAUCCACCUACAAAUGCGCCUUCAAGCAAUGAACCAGUUGGACAAAAAGUUCCCGAAAAUCAUCUUACAGUUUUUGAAGAAUUUUAG